AUGGCGCGCGUGGGGUUCGCUUCGCCGCUGCUGCUGCUGGACGGGGGCGUCUCCUCGGAGCUCGAGGCGGCGGGGUUCCCCUUGCAGGGUGACCCCCUGUGGAUGCUCCCGGCUGCUGCUCACCCACCCGGACGCCAUCGUGAACGUACCGCGCUUAAUCACGAUUGGGUGGCUGAAACCGGGGAUCAAACGGGCGGAUCUCAGCCGUUCCUGCGGAGCGGCUCGGACGUGAUCUCGACGGCGACGUACCAGGCGAGCGUGCCCGGCUUCGUGACGCACCUGGGCCUGCGCCCCGAGGAGGCGCGCCAGCUCAUCCACACCGGGGUGCGGCUGGCGCGCGAGGCCGUGAGCGAGUACAUCUCAUCCGCAGGUCCCCGCGAGGUGGAGGUGAAGGUGGCCGGCUCGGUGGGGCCCUACGGAGCCCACCUGCACGACGGCUCCGAGUACACGGGGGCCUACGUGGACGCGCUCUCAACGGAAGAGCUGAUGGACUGGCACCGGCCGCAGGUGUCGGCGCUGCUGGAGGCCGGGGUGGACCUGCUGGCCCUGGAGACGGUGCCCAGCGCCGCCGAGGGCCUCGCGCUGGUGCAGCUCCUGCGGGAGUUCCCCGGGGCCUCCGCGUGGCUUUCCUUCUCCUGCAAGGACAGCCGCCACACGUGCCAUGGCGAGGAGUUUGGCGAGGUGGCGCUGGCACUGGCCGCGCGGUCGCGGCAGCUGCUGGCCGUCGGGGUAAACUGCUGCGACCCCGAGCUGGUGGGCGACCUCCUGGGUGGCGUCGCCAACGCCAAGGGCUUCGACAAACUCCUGCUGGCCUACCCCAACAGCGGGGAGCACUGGGAUGUGCAGCGAGGGUGGGAGCAUAGACCGCGCAGACCCACGCUGGCGACGUACAGCCUCGCGUGGAGGGACCUGGGCGUCUCCUGGAUCGGCGGUUGUUGCCGGACGGGGCCUCAGGACAUCGAGGAGUUGAGACGCACCCUGAGGCCUCAAAUGCAGCCGCCCAGCACCACUGCCUGAGCUCCUCCUGCCUGGGCCUCCUCCCCGCCCUGAUCUCCCAACCUUAGUUUCCUAGCCUUGGCCUCUCAUCCCAGGUCCCCCAGCCCUGGUCUUGAUAUCACAGGUCUCCCAAACCUGGUUCUGCUAUUCCAGAUCUCCGAGCCAAAGCUGGUGUCAUGAAACUCCGCACGGGCACGGAGCUCUGUGCUCGACUUGGCAGGCUCUGACAGAAGAACGUUCAGUGCAUGUGUUGUGUUACCCUAAUUUAAAUUAAUUAUUUGCCAAAAUGUGAAUGCGUUCGACGUUCGUGCACGGUUGCGUUAAAAGAGAACAAUGCCAACGCUGCCUUGAGUGUUCGCAGUGGAAUCGUUUAAAUAAACAUAUCAGAAGCGUG